AUGGCAAAGCGUAGGUUAUGGGAGGAUAUUUCUUUGCGUUUAGAGGAGGUGAGGCCAUCUUUAGCUAUUGUUGCUGGGGAAUUCAAUGCCACCCUUUCUUUCUUAGAUAAGCGUGAAGGGGUGAGGAGGUUGUGUAGGUCGCAAUCGGACUUUCAGUCUUUUGUGAAUGAUAAUGCUCUGUUUGAAGUGGCAGCUAAAGGUGGGAAUUUUACUUGGACCAAUAGACGAAGGGGAUUUUCCAACAUUGCAGAGAAACUAGAUAGAUUCUUCCUUAAAGAUGGAGUACCAAUCCAGUGUCCUUUCAAGGUGGAAAAGAUGUGGUUAAGAGAAUUGGGUUUUAGAGAUGGUGUUAUUGGGUGGUGGAAGGAGGCUCCAGUGCUGGAAGGUUUCUUGGCCUUUCUGUUUUUCAAGAAGCUUAGCUUUGUGAAACAAAAAUUAAAAUCUUGGAACAGGGAGGUGUUUGGCAAUAUCUUUAAUGAAAAGAGAAGGCUAGAAGGAGAUUUGGGAGCUUUGAAUGCGAAAGUCUUGGCAGAAGGGAUGGAUGAAGUGGACUACCUCAUGGAGAAAGAUCUUCUUAGCAAAUAUGGAAAAGUUUUGCAGAGGGAGGAGAUUUACUGGAAACAGAAGUCGCGUGAGAACUGGCUUAAAGUCGAUGAUAGAAACACGAAAUUCUUCCACAGUUUGGUGAAAGCAAGGCGAAGCCUCAAUAGAAUUAUCUCCCUGUGA